AUGGUGAUGUUGGCAGCCAUCGCCGCGGCGGGCGGCAGCGCCGUCGCCGGCGCCCUCUCGUCGGCGGAUGCGGCUGUGUAUCGCGGAAUCGAGACCGACGCAUCCGCUGCCGCCUUCACCUCCUAUCCCGACGCCACGAUGCUCGAUCACGAGGGGCGCGACGUGUCGGACCCAGCGCUCAACAUGAGCGCCUUCGCCGAGCGCUGCCAGACGAGCCUCAAGCGCGCCAUCUGGGAGGAGGAGCGGGGACUGCCGCCGCACCUCUACGUCGAUCCGCUCGAUGGCGUCGCCGUCGGCGAGCGUGCCCAGCCCGACGACCCGCGCAUCGUCUACUUCAUCGGCGUCUCCCGCGCGUCGGGCGCCGUGAUCGCCUCUCGGCUGCUGCUCGCGCUGCACCACUCGUCGCACCUCUACCUAGUGCACGUGGACCUCAAGGCGGACCCGGCCGUCUACGCGCAGCUCGCGGAUCUCACCAAGGACCACCCGAACAUUCGGCUCCUCUCGACGCGCCGGCUUGUGCAGUGGGGCGCUUUCACAAUGGUCCUGCCGAUGCUCGACGCCAUCGCGUCCGUGGUGAGCCGGAACCUCGACUUCGACUUUUUCAUCAACCUCUCGGACGCCGACAUGUCCCUCCGGACCAACGAGGAGGUUGUCGGCUUCCUGCGCCGCUACAAGGGGCGGCAGUUCGUGCACGCCGGCAACGGAGAGUGGCUCCAGCGAGCGCGCAACUUUACGGGGGCGCGGCGCCUAGCGCAUGUGCUCGUCGAGUGCGGCGGGUACGUCUCGCUCAACGACACGCACGCCAUCGACGUCGGCGGAGGCGAGCCGGCCUCCGAGGCGGUGCGGCGCGCUAGGGAGGCCGCGCUGGAGUCGCUGCGCUACCUGCACACGGGCGCGCAGAGGGUGGUCUUCGCGGCGCGCUUCCUCGCCGACGAGUCCUUUGUGCAGACCGUGCUGAUGCACUCCCCCUUCGCCUCGACCAACGCGCCCUCUGUCUUUGCGGGCCCGUUCUUGGUCGCGCGCAAGGUGGACCCGCUUGUGGACGCCGAGGCGGUGCGCCUGUACGACGGCUGGAUGGGCAUCAAGCUCAAGAAUGGCACGUCGCGCGUCUGGCUCAACGGCAGCCUGAUCGAGCAGGAGCCGCUCGGAGGGUGGGCGCUGCAGCAGCAGUGGGCGCAGCAGCAGCAGCAGCAGCAGCAGCAGCAGCAGCAGCAGCAGCAGCAGCAGCAGCAGCAGCAGCAGCAUACGCAGCUCCACGCGGCCCCGCGACCGCCGCUCGGCAGCGCCGCGGAGCCGCACGCCUCGCAGCUCCCUGUGGGCGGCGGCGCCGCGGCGGGCGCCCUCGCCGCAGCCGCCGGCGGCGAGCCUCGCAGGCUGGGGGGCAAGGCGCGGCGUGUCGGCCGCGUGACGUUCGAGGACGGGUCGUCGUGCGAGUGUGCGCCGAGCUGCGCCGCGGUUGGGUCCUGCUGCGAGGGUUGGACGCUGCUGUGCUCCACGGCGGACACCGAGCCGCCGCCGCCGCCGUGCGCCCCAGCCGCGCUGCCGCCGCUCGCGUCGUCGGAGGCUGCCGGCUCGCCCGUGCGCCUCACGUUCGUCAACUUGGCGCGGUACCCGCUCCGCCUCUAUUUUGUCCCCGCGCGCGGCGACGCGAUCCUCGCCGGUGCCGUCGAGCCUCGCGGCGCGGCAAUCACCCUCGACUCGGCGGACACGCAUGCAUGGGUGGCUCGCACCCUCUCCGGCGUCACCGUCCUCGAGCUGCCGCCCGAGCCCGGCCGGCCUAGCAGGCAUUUCGUCGACGUGGCGGAGUGCGAGAUCGCGGGGCAGAGCGCCGCAGCUGGCGCAGCCGCUGAGGCGCCGGUCGCGCCUCUGCACCAAGGGUGGAGGUGACCGAACGAAAUAAUCUGGUGCCUGCUUCACGCAAUUUUGCCAGCCAACUUUGUGACUGUGUGUCACUCGUCAUAUCUGUUUUGAAAAGUAUUUCUUCGGUGA